AUGGAAACCCGCCCAACAACAACCGCAAACCCACCCAGCGUCGAAAUCGCCUACAAGCGCAAAUGCGCCGCCCUCAAGAAACGCCUCGCCGAAGUCGAAGCGGAAAACGAGCUCAUGCGCACCCGCAACCUCCGCGGUUACCAAUACAUCCAGAAGAUGCGCCUCGAGUCCUGCAUGCUGCUGGAGCGUCUCGCCAAGGUCACCGGUAUGGCUGACGAGGCCGCUGCUGGGACGGCGGACCCGGAACUACGGGCCCGCGCUGCGGCUAUGAUGUCUAAUGCGGCGGUGUUGAAUGGGCUUGGUGCAUCGGGGGCGUCGCAGGGUGCGAAUGGCGGGUAUCUUGAGGAUGAGACUGAGGGUAGUUCGGAUGAGCAACCUCCUACUCCCGAAGAACGCCCACUCCGCGUUAAGCGCUCCCGCAAAUCAAACCUGCCCGCCGAGGGCGGCGACGAAGAUACUCCCGCUCAAGACAACGCCGGCGAGGCGGGAGAUGGCGACGCAAAUUCCGCCUCUCUACCACGUCUAGCUCCGGCCCCGAGUCAACAGGAGCUCACCUCAUCGUUCCGCGUGAAGACCGGCAGCAAUGGCGUGCAGGAUUCCGAGACGCCCGCUGAAGGGGAUAACCGGGAUGCACAGUCCGAUGCGCAGGCCGGCGAGACGGGCGCUGAUGAUGGGGCUACGCCUAUGGAUGUGGAUAGCAAGGAGCCCAAGGUUGAGCAGGGGUAA